GGCCACACACGGUAGCCGUUGGCUGAGGGGGUGGAGCGCGGAGGGCCGAGCGUCGGCUGGUGGUUGCCCGUACUGGACCGUUGAGUCGCUUGCGAGAUGCGGAGUCGGACGUUGACGUGCGCAGGACGACAGACGGAGCCGCUUCGGGCAGCGCGCACCACAACGGUCGAAUUUCAAAAGGAAGGCAAGCGUGUUCGUCGUCUUCUGUGGUGGUUGUCCGCAUAUGAAGGUCGAGCGCCCCUGUCACGGGCAUGUCGGAACACACAUCUGCAGUGGUCACAUGCGAGGGCGGCUGCAGAGGUGAAUUUCAUGGCUGACGUGCGGAGGAGAUUGCCUCUGCUGGUACUCGCUGUCGUCGUCUUCCUGAUUGUCGUCUUCCUCUACGUGUGUUUUUCGUGGCGGCCGUGGAAACAACAACGCAAGAGGAGGGCUUCGACGAGACGGGCGGCAGGUGAACGUCUAAUGGCGGGCAUGCAGGCACGACAGGCUGCUGCUGUAGGUCAGGGAGGAGUUCGAUCUUCUGCGGUGGAGCCUCGAAGGCGGUACGACCCGUCCAUGUACACCCAUCUGGAUUCGUGGGACACGCCAUUGCCCCCGUCGGAUGAGGAGCCGGAGAAGGAAGAACUUUUGACGUUGCCUCUCGCUAGCGGCUCGACUCAGUUGUGGUCGCAGACGGUGCGAGCAGGCGGGUCGGCUCCCGACGGAGGGGGCGAGUUCACGUCAUUGCUCCAUCAAGGCUUGCGGGACGACGACGGCGGAGGAGUUGAUCUGAGGUUCGAGUUGUGUUCUGGUGGCGAAAGGAAGGCGAGUCGCACGUUCAUCAUCGACGGAGAUCGUUCGGCACGUGGCGUUGAGCACGGUGGAAGUCUACAUACGGAGCAGUCCACACUUCGUCGCGCUGCACCCGUGACUUGCGCGGUCGGGCCAUCGCCAGCGGGACGGCAGCGUGGAUCGACUGGUUCGUCCGUCGAUCGAUCGGGCGGUGCACGUUCACUGAUGCCUGCGUGCACAACACCGGUCGAAUCCGGAGUGAGGGACGAGGGAACGUGCAGAGCGCCGGUACGUCCACGAUCCACUAUGGAGAACAUAACACGUGGAGUGUCGAACAUGCGGGCACACAGCGAUGCAGGCGAAGACGACGUUGGCUUCGGUGACGAUGCAGACGAAGGGAUGAGGGAAGACGUGGAAGCGGGGGACGAUGACGACGACGUUCCAAUUCGGCCUUUGGGGAAGACGGCUGGGAGGGGGAAAGGACACGGCAGAGGUGGUGUCCGUGGUCGAUCCGUUGGCCGUGGAGGCAGAGGCGGCGUAAGUGACGACUCCGGGAAGUCUCCGACGUACUGGUCUGCAGAAGACCAAAUGCUCCUGCUGCGAUGCAAGCGGGAGCAAGAUAUGCACCUCGCCGACUUGUCUCACAAUUACGGGCGGAUGAAGACGAAAGAGUGGAAGUGGGAGGACAUGUCGAAGCGGAUGGCGAAUGCGGGGAGGCCGAAGGACGCUGACGACAGCACGAAGAAGUUGGACAAACUGUUCCAGAACUACAAGAAAAUUCAGAGGUUUCAGAAUGCCAGCGGGCGGCCAGAUUUUUUCAGGCUGACGAACGAAGAGAGGAAGGAGCACAACUUCAAGUUCCGGAUGGACAAGGCGCUGCACAACGAGAUCCACGCAGGCAUGGUGGGGAACCACACGAUUUUCCCUCCCAACGUUGUCGACACUGGCAGUCCGGAUGGGGUGCAGCUGCCCAGGCGAGGAGCGGGUGGCGGGGAGUCUGUUUGUAGUGAGGCGGCCGGUGAAGGUUGCCCUGACGAGCGUUCUUCUGCGAGGGAAACCGAUAGCAACGCAGGCAGCGGGGCGGGAGGCGGGAAGCGGAGGAACGCGCGUCAGCAGGCAUUCGAGUCCAUCUCUGAUGUCAUGGAACGCCAUGGCGCACUGAUGUCGUCGACGAUCGAAUCGUCUAGCAAGCAUCAAUGCAGCAUCUCCACGAGGCAAUGCGACAUAUUAGAGCAGGAAAUUGCCGUCCAAAAAACGCACUAUGUGUCGUCUGAUGAGACGCAGAGGAUGAUGUGCCAAGCACUGUUCGAGAUCGCUGCCGCCAUCCGUGGUCGGUCGGCCAUGACGGGAGAGUGCCAGGCAGCGUACUCCGAAUCAGAGCGCUUCGAAGAGGAUGUCAACCACUCCGCCGGAGGCGCAGCAGCUGCGUGUCCGCGAAACGUGGAAAGAGAGGGUGUUGUGGUGGACCUUAGCGGCGAAGACGACGAGCCUUUGGAGACACGUCACCUGCGCAUUGCGACACAAGCGACCACAACGGCGGUGUCGACGGCUCGCGCUGCGGACGACGAAAGGCAGAUCACAGGUGCAGUGCCCUGCAAGCCGUCUCAGCUGCGUCAGCGCAACGACGGUGGUGACGGUGCGUCUCGCCAACGAGGUGGUGGGGGGGGAGUCGUGGCAGACGCGCGUGCAGCAGAAGGGGAGGCGACAGGUGGCGCGGGUGUGGCUGUUGCAGGUGUUGUCCCUCCCGUUCCGGCGGCGAGAGAGGAGGGUCGUGGACAGAACAAGAACCAACGCGAUGGCGGCGAGGCCGGUUCAAGCCGGGCACGCAGGGGAGUAAUGACGAAUGAACUUAUCGACCGUGCGCUUCUUUGGAUGGAUGACAAAUCUUUCUGGACAGCGGGUGAAGGACGCAGACUCUACAACAUCGUCCACGAAACCAAAGAGUACUUUGUCGCCAUCGCCAGCGGGCUUCCGCCACCUCAACUUCCGCGGAGCGUUGUCGUCCCCAAAUCCACCACGAGGGUGGCGAGGAUCGCAGACCAAUCACAGCUCCAGCAGGCGAUCUCCCGUGCAGUGGCGGUGGAGAAUAUAGCUCUGCGCAUCUUGCACGGCUGGGUUUUCAAGUCCAGGAACCGCCCAAGGGGGUACAACCUUGCGUUCCAGUACUUGUUGGAGUCCGUAGCGACGGACAUUGCGCGUGCAAUGUGGUACGGCGAGGAGUGGCGCAACGUCGUCAGCGCGCCGAUCUGCGCCCACACGAUAAAUCUCAACAUGGACCUUCCACUGUGGUACGCCGGCGCGAAUAUCGAGGACAGACCUGAGGACGACGACAUGGCUGCGUACCAGGGGUCCACCGUCAUCAGCAUCGCGCAUUCGUUCCAUGCGGCGGUGCAAAUGGGCGCUCACAUCGACGAUGAUUUCAUCUCCUACGAGCGUCCGUGUCGGGUGGCUGACUGCUUCAGGCUGUUGCUGGCGGCGUCCAGGUGGAUUAUGCGCAUGGCGGGAGACGAUCCGCGCAGUCACUAUGAAGCGUUUUACUUCUCGGAUCUCAUCGCCAGGCCGACACUAAUCGGCUCCAUGCAUCGGUCCUUAGAUCAUCGACGAUCCGUCGUCCGCACCGCGAACGUCGUCACGGAGAGGCUUGGGAAGGCGAAAGUCACGCUCGGAGUGUACCCCGACUACAUCCCUGAUUGGGCACCAUGCAGCAUCGGAUUUGCGCACGACGCGACCAUCAAGGGGCCGGAGGAUGUGAAGAGGCUGGAUUGGUUGGUUCGGGCCCCGCCGAUGAUGACAUCAAAGGCGAAGGAAAAGACGACGCAUAAGGCAGGCUGGUAUGCGGGGGGAGAGCGGGGAGACAACGCUUCUAAGAACGAAGGCGCAUGUACGCGUGGCGAGACGUGACGGGCUGUCGUGUGAUUGGAGUGUCGUGCGUGGCGCAGCUGAUUAGCAUG